CAUGUGAUGAGGAGCUCUGAUCACGUGACGGGGGGGGCGCGGGGAGAGCUGUGAAGGAGCUGCGGCCUCGGCACCGCCUGUGAGAGCUGUUGGAGCGCAGACGCACGGAGAGAGGGGUCGAUGGCUUUUCUCGUGUUAUUAGUCAUGUUACUAAGAGCAUUCGUCCUCGAAUCUGCUCCAGUGGCGGAUGAAAUUGUUUACCUCCCCGGCCUGGCCAAGCAGCCCAGCUUCAAGCAGUAUUCCGGCUACCUGAACGUCUCUGACAAUAAACAUCUCUUCUACUGGUUUGUGGAGUCUCAAUCUAGUCCUAAGAAAGAUCCUGUUGUGCUCUGGCUGAAUGGAGGCCCUGGCUGCAGCUCCCUGGAUGGGCUUCUGAACGAGCAUGGGCCCUUCCUGAUUCAACAGGAUGGGAAGAGUCUCCAGUACAAUCCUUACUCCUGGAACUUGAUUGCCAACAUGCUGUACCUUGAGUCUCCAGCAGGAGUUGGGUUUUCAUACUCUGAUGACCAGAUCUACAAAACCAAUGAUACUGAGGUUUCCUUUAAUAACUACCUGGCGUUGAAGGAGUUUUACUUGUUCCCGGAGUACAGUAAGAAUGAUUUCUAUGUGACAGGCGAGAGUUACGGGGGCAUCUACGUGCCAACACUGGCCGAGCGCGUCAUGACGGAUUCAAGCAUCCAGCUUAAGGGAAUUGCAGUGGGAAAUGGCUUAGGCAGCUGGGAGCUUAACGGAAACUCAGUGGUUUACUUUGCAUACUAUCAUGGAGUGAUUGGAUCCAAGCUGUGGGGUGACCUCCAGAAAUUCUGCUGUGCUAAGGGCACGUGCAACUUUUACAAGAAUAAAGACCAGGAUUGUCAGAAUAAGGUUGGUGAGGUGAUAGCGGCAGUGUGGAAUUCGGGGCUGAAUGCGUAUAACAUCUACGCCGAUUGUGCCGGAGGAGUGCCUGGUGAUAUCCGCUUCGAUGAGAAACGGAAACAGUUGGUCACCUAUGAUCUCGGCAACCUGUUCCCCUGGCAUGAGAGCAGCCAGCUGUGGAGGAAGAAACUUCUGGAUCUAUAUCAGACCAAUGGUAGACUGCGCCUGGACACUCCGUGCACCAACUCUACUCCCAGCUCCACCUUUCUGAACGAUUGGGCUAUACGGAGGGCACUGCAUGUCCCUAACGUGGUGCAGAACUGGGAGAUAUGCAGUUCGGCAGUGAAUUUACAAUAUACACGACUGUACGCUGACAUGAAGGACCAGUACCUGAAACUGCUCAAUGCUUGGCAAUACCGGAUCCUAGUGUAUAAUGGAGAUGUGGACAUGGCCUGUAACUUCAUGGGAGAUCAGUGGUUUGUGGAAUCCCUUCAGCAGUUGGUAACGGUGAACCGCAGACCCUGGCUGUACAAUAAAGGAGUAAAUCAAAUUGGAGGAUUUGUCAAGGAAUUCUCCAAUCUUGCUUUUGUCACGAUAAAGGGCGCGGGUCACAUGGUGCCAACUGAUAAACCACAAGCCGCCUUCACCAUCUUCAGCCGUUUCCUUAGGAAGGAACCUUACUGAAGGUGGCGGGCGAGGAAUGGGGAGCAGCCACCACGGCAGGCGGCUUGAGUUUACCGAUUCAAGCCUAAUGCCAAACUCUCGUCCCGAAUCCCUUCUUAGUUUUACUUCUCAGGUGCUUAUCAGUUCCCUUUUCAAUGAUGCUAUUGAUCCAACCUCAGAGGCUACUUGUAAUGAAUUCCUUCUAACUUCUCCCUAAUUUUCUGCUUAAAAACCCUGAGACUGUGUCACCUAUUGAUUGUCAUCUAUUCCCCAACUAAAGGAAAUAAUUUCCCCUAUCACUCUGUUACACUCCUUCAGUAUGUUGAUUAUGUCUAUCAAUCUCCUCUGUUCCAUUGGAAAAUGAGGCCAACCACUCUUCUCAAACUUGGUAAUCAUGUUGUGAAAAUAUCUAUAAGGCAAAGGUCCAAAAGCGCUUUUUGAAUCCCUUAAGGUGUCACUGUUUUCAGAUGGUCUCUGGAAUAGCGAUUCCUUACAGUAUAUAGAAAUACAAUCAUUUGGUGUGCUUUUAUGACUCUUGUGUAUGUGGUGGCAGAAUUGUAAACUGGUUGAGCAGGUGAGAAGUAAUUUAAGAAUCAAGGUCCUUUCAGCUCUUCCACCAGUCUGGUAGCUGCAUGCACAGAUUACGUCCCAAACUGUAUACUGGUCUAAUUAUUGCUGGGUACUUAAGGGGAACUGCAGCUUCUGUAUGUUGCACGUGUCUUUUAUAUAGCAAUUUACUAUUUACUCUAACAAGAACCUCUGUGAAUCCCAAUGUCUCUUAGUAUUUUUCAAACAUGGAUCCUGUUCUCUGCCUUGUGAAAAAUAAUAAUCCUUGCAUUUGAUAUAGCGCCUUAUAUUGACAAGAUGUCUCAAAAUGUUUCAUAGGAUUUGCUGUAAAGUGUAGUGACUGGGUUUUUUGGGGGGUCCAAAUCCCUGACUGUCCAUUCCUCCUGAAUGUAAUUUUGUAUUGUAUCUACAUGCUCCCCCUUGGUGAUGUCAUUUGCAAAAAUGGGGUCAAUUUCCACAUGUAUGCGGAGAUGCCCAAAUCUACUUCUCCUGCUCCUCCAGCUCAACACCAGGUCCUUUGAUGUUCUGUCAGCUAGUUUGAAAGAAGCUGAAUGACAUCAGAGGCUGGAUGAGCGCAAACUUUCUGCAGCUGAAUGUUGACAAACCGGAAGCCAUACUCUGGCUCCAGUCAAAGUUUUCUGCCCUGCAACUCUGACUUGCUCAAUCAUCCGCCCACAGCCUGUCCCGCAGACUCACCGAAACUAUGUGCAACCUAGGCGUGUGGUUCGACACCCAGCUGUCCUUCCCACCCCCGUUCCGGUCCCCGACCAGGACCGCCUACCUCCAUCUCUGAAACAUUGUCCGCCUUUGAUGAUACCUUACCCUGAUUGCAGCUGAAAUAUUUGUCCACGUGUUCAUCACGUCCUGCCUUGUCUACUCAAAUUCCCACCUCACACGUCUCCCCAGCGCCACUAUCCACAAAAUCCAGUUAAUCCAGAACUCUGCCACCUGUAUACUCACUUGCACUAACCCUGUAAUCACAUUGCACCAGUCCUUACCCCCACCCCCAUGCUCACCAUCAGCCUCCGCCACGAUCAAGCGCUUUGAAACGUUACCCUGCUUGGGUGGGGAGUGGAGGGCUAAAUAAAUGCAAUUUGUUGCUGCUUCUAGGAGAAAUCUUGUAAAUUGUGGUACAUGAGUGUUGAUCGCUUGCAACCAGUAAGAUUAGAGAACUUUUCAUUGUGUGCUUACAAUAAUAAUUAACCCUUGCAUUUGGUCAAGUGCCUUAAAACGUCAACAUUUGGGUUUUCUGUAAAAUGUAAUGACUGUAUAUUUGUGUAGGUGAAUGCAGCAGUCAAUUUGUGGACAACAAUCUCCCAUAGACUGCGAGGGAGUGAAUGUUCAAUGUUUUUUUUCUGUUGGCCCGGGCACCCCAAUUCUUCAUUCAUAUCAUGCAUGGGAUACUUAACAUCCACCUGAACAGGCGGAUGAGACUUCAGUUUAAAAUCCUAUCUAAAGUGUGCACCUCUGAAAGAAGUGCCACGUUAAACACUGCAUUGGAGUGCCAGUACUCACUGACUGCCUCAGAUGCAGAAGCCACUGUUUCAGCAGCAAUUCCUAACACGCACAUGCGCGCGCGCGCUCUCUCUGCAGGUGCAGUGUGUGCGUCUUUUCUCUGUGAGGGUGCUGUGUGUGUGUGUGUGUGUGUGUUCACUAUGAGGGUACAGUUUGUCUGGAAUUGAGUCUUGCUUGUAAUAGUGUUCCACAUGAUAUUUUUUAUUUGGAAUCAUUUUAAUGAAACGCACAAAAUUUGCAUUCCAGCAGUCUGAGCACUUUGCUUUCUAAUUAAAGAGAAAAAGAUGAUUCAUUCUGAAUAA